AAAAUUAACAGAACAAGAAUUUUUAACAUUAGAAUUUAAUAAUUUCCAUCAACAAUAUGAUAAAACCAUACUUUAUAAUACAAUUAAUAAUGUACCUUAUGAUAUAAAUUUAUAUGGUAAUCAACAAGUAUAUCAAUAUAAAGAUAAUUAUAAAGAAUUAAUUAAUAAUAAUGAAAUAUAUGAUAUUAGAUAUUUAUUAAGAUAUAUAAUGUAUUUAAUGACAUGUUUUCCAUUAUCUAGUUUAUAUAAACAAAAUAGUAUAUUUAUUAGUAUUGCAUUUAGAGGUACAUGUUCAAAUGAUUAUUAUGUUAGAAUGUUAGCAUAUGAAAUUAUUGGAAUGUAUUAUAAUUUCAUUGUUAAUCAUGUUAAUAGAAAUCAAGAAUCUGAUAUUUAUGAAGUUUUAGUUUUAGUAUUGAGACAAGUUAAAAUUUCAAUGGCUGUUCCUUAUUUAAAAUUAUCUUUACCUUGGUCAAUGAUGUUAUCUGUUAUUUGUAAUUCAAUUUUAAAAAGUGUUGAAGAUAAUUCUAAUAAUUCUAAUAAUAACAAGUAUGAUAACAAUAAGUAUGAUUCAAAGUAUGAUUCANAGAAGAGUGAAUCAUUUGAUAAUAAUAAUUUAAUGACCGAUGAAAAGGAUGAAUCUAAUCAAUUAAAUUCUAAUCAUCCUCACUCAUCAGAAGAAGAAGAAGAUUCAAUAAUUUACUUAGUAACUUUGAGAGAUGUAUCAAGAUUCUUUGGAUUUCAAAGACCAUUUUUAAAAUUAAAAUCAUUCCCAAUUCAUAGAGAUUAUAUUAAAUCUAUUAAUGUAUUUGGAGUUAAUUAUUUAAAAGUAUUAUUAUAUGGAUAUCAAACAGAUGAAGAUUUUAUGGAUGAAUAUAUUAAAAAUAAUACUAUACAACAUUUAUUAAUGUCAUUUGAUCAAUUAGAAUCAUCAAAAUCAUAUCAAGUUUAUCAACAAAUUUCUAUUUGUAGAAUUUUAAUUGAUGUUAUUACUAGAUUAAGAAAAUCAAGAGAAAAAUUAUUAAAGGAUUUUGCUUUAAUUGAUUGGAUUAAAAUACAAUUACGUAAAUCUACUAAUUUAAUCAUUUCAAGUCAGACUUUUAAUAGUAGAAAUAAUAAUGAAAUUAUUAGACUUUUAAUGAUUUUAAUUUGUUCUAUUUAUAAUACUUCUAAUAAUGGUAAUACUUCUAAUAAUAAUUCUAAUAAUAUGAAUUAUUAUUUUAUGAAUCAAGUAUAUUAA